UCAUUUGAUCAAUUCAGGCAAUUAGUUAUAACAAUGAGCCAUCACGAUCAUCAUAUGAACCAUAAUGUCCACAAUAUGGCUGACCAAACAACGCCAACACCGAAUCAUCAGAUGAAUGUCUAUGUUGGUGAUGAUGGUGGCCACGGGACCGGACAUGAGGGCCAUAAUAUGAUGGACCAUAUGAUGAAAAUGUAUUUUCACACGAAUAUCGGUGACGAUUAUGUACUCUUCAAACAGUGGAAACCUACUACUGCUGGAGAUAUGGUUUGGACGUGUAUUGUGAUAUUUCUAUUAGGAGUGACCUAUGAGGGCCUUAAGUAUUAUCGCGAAUAUCUAUUGAAGGCCUGGCGGGUCACCACAUAUUACGUGUCUGACACACCUAACGGUGUUCGUACAAAUGGCAGUCCAAGAAUAUCUAACCCUAGAGAAGACACCAAAGCUGAUAUUUACCGAAAAAUGAUGUCUUGUUCACACUUGUUUCAGACAGGCCUACAUAUGAUCCAGUUUUUCUUAUCAUAUAUACUAAUGCUAGUCUUUAUGACAUACAAUGUUUAUCUAUGUAUAGCUGUCCUAUUAGGUGCUGGUGUCGGCUAUUUUCUGUUCGGUUGGUAUAAGUCUACAGCUGUCGACAUCACUGAACACUGUCACUGA